AAUUCAACAAGGAAACGAAGUAAAAAAACUCAAAAAAAGAAAGGUUCGGGAACCUCUACGGUUCCACCACAACUCUCUCUACUCUCCCCGUCUGCAUCCGCAUAUUGUUUUUGCGAUCAUCCCCUAGCGCCAACUCUUACCCAUCCUGACCUUGUCGGGUUCUAUCGACCUGAAGAUCUCCUUUUGGCGGUAAAUCAUGAACUCCUUGCCUGCGGCCAUUCUCAGAUUUCUCAACCAUUUGCCAGCCGCUCAAUGCUUUAUGUUAUGCUCUCUGUAAAAACGUCUGCAAUCGAAAUUCGAUCCGCAGGCCAUGGCCGGUGAAACAAUUGUUGACGAUCAACGCCAACGCACUUUGAAGGCAUUGGAACGAAGGUUUGAGGCUGCCCAAGUCGAGCUCGAUUUACAUCAAAAGAAGACUGUCAAGAGAUCAAAAACCGAGGAAGCUGGAAAGAAAUCGCAUAUUGCAAGUUCUUCAGCUGUUGAUUCUUCACCAAAUUUAGCAAAUCCAUCAGCCUCAAGUUCAACUCCAUUUAAGAAAGGAGCUUUCACUUUUUCGGGGUAUAUUAAUUCACAAGAGAUCGACGAAAGUGGUCCAACAUAUGCAAAACUAGUUCAAUCUGUUGAUGAGAAUCUGCUGGCAACUAGUGUUGAGGUCUCUGGCGGUAGAAAGGAGAGUAAAGUUGAUAAGGUUUUGCACGAGCUUCUUCAGAGUGGAGACUCAUCUCAGAAGUACAUGCAAGGAUCCAGAAGUAAGAGAAUUGACAAUUGGAUUCUCCUCGAUAACUAUGUGCAAGGACGUGGCGUUUCAACUGGCUCUCAUGCCAGGGCGCUGCAGAUUCAUUCCAAGCGUUCUAAAAAGCACAUGUCAAUGAAACAGCAAAAAAGGAAGGGAUUGUUUGAUUUUCCUAAAGAUUUUCAUAGCUUUGAUAAAUUUAAGCCAAUGCAUGAGAUGUGGAAAGGCUAUAUUGUGCAACUCUUAAAAACUACUGGAAAAAAUCAGCUGGCUCAGUGUAUUCUUAGUGCAGAUCUACACGGUGCUAUUAUUUCAGUUGCCGAGUGUAAAGUAACUUCAUACACUGGAGUGAGUGGUAUCAUGAUUCGUGAAACAGCAGAAACAUUUGGGAUAAUUACACAGGAUGAUAAAUUCAGAGUGGUGCCCAAAAAGUUUUCUGUGUUUAUAUUUCAAGUUGAUUGCUGGAAGAUUACCUUGCACGGGGACAAACUCACUUCAAGAAACUUGGGCUUGUAAUUGUUUCAGAACAGUUAAGAGUUGAACAAUAUCAUUGACAUUCGUUUAACAAUGGUGGUUGGUGGAUGAGCGGCUGAGACAGCGUUGGCAUUGAACAAUCGAGAAGAACUAUGAUCACAAAAGGAAGGCGAGUGGACUCUUGCAGGUACCUGCUGGUCUUCAGUGUGCCGCUUUACAAUUCAUUGCUAGGCGUCAAAUUCAAAAUGAAUAGAUGUACGAAGCUGUGCAAUCCUAUAGUUAUCUCUUCCAUAUUUCACUCUGGCAGCCCAUCUCUUAGAUAUUUCCUAGUCAUGGAAGAUAUUUUCUUUUUGACAUUAUAUAUGAUUGCAAAGAAUGGAAGCACUGCCUCCAAAAUGGAUCACAUGAA